UAAUUAGUUUUUUAAACUCUCAUCACCCCACCACUUGCAUUCUUUAUAUUCUGGACUGAUUUAUGGUGGUGUGUGAAGUUGCUAGGUAAGCAAAUUUGAUUAUUUCAACUGUACAAAUGAAAUCAUGUUUAACUAAUAUAAUUUACUGUAUAUAUUAAUCAUAUGUAUUAUUAUUGUUACUUAUAUUUGAUUAGUAAUUGUAAGCAUGCAUGCAUGUUGUAAGUGCAUUUAUCAAGGACUUUUAUAAAUGUUUUAAAAAAAUCUUUGUUUUUAGUAAUUUUUGUAGGCUAUGUAUCACAUUGUGAAUUUUUCGGAAUGCAAUGAAGUUGAGUUGGUGCCAUCCAAUUGGGUAUCCAAUGGAGUGUGUGCUUGGCCACCAUAUAAAACUGGAGAUAUCCAUAAGGCUAUAAUAAAUAAAGAGCAGCCAAAAGAAAACUGAAAAUCAUUUAAGGUUGAAGUUAUGUACACGACAGAUAAUUACAGAACUGCAAGACUGAAGCUUCCAGUUGCCGAAAGACACUCAGAUUUGCAGACAGCAGAAGAUGAAGAAGAUGAUGAAAUUCCAAAAAGGACAAAAAGAAGGAAAAUAGCAAACACAAGAUUUGAUAGUGAUAGCGACGGUGAUGUCUGUAGCAAACCCAAAAGCCAUCUACCUCCACCACCCAAGAUAACCCCUCCUCAAAAAUUUUCAAAAUCAACCACCAAGAUAUCUGCUGACCUUGGAGAACUUGGACGAAAUGCAAAAUCAAUGUGCAGGAUGCAUCAACCUGACAGUGUUCAGCUACAUUCUGAAUGUAGGUACACUGAAUGUGGAAGAUGCACUCAAGAAAUGAAAAGCCUGAGAAAUGAUUACAAAAAUCAAAGUACAUCUACAGUGGAAGAGCACCUAACCCCAGAGUGUGUGGAAAUUGCAAAUACUGCAUUUAGACACUGGUCUACCUCACAACAAAAUGAUGGACCAAAUCAAGACAUUUAUGGCCCCAUUCUUCGAAACAUUCAGGUUAAGCAGGAAAUGAUGAUGGAGCAAGUCAAAGUGAUUUUAAAAACCGUACAAGACCUACAUGAGAAAUGCUGUAGUGACAGUGGUUCAGAUCCAGUGCUGGAAAAAGACAUUCUUCCACUUCAAGAUCUCACAUCCAUGCAACAGCUUGAAAGUGACCUAGCGGUUGGUGGAGAUUUAAAAAAAAAACUAAUUACAUUGCUUGGGAUUCAAGGAGGCAUUGAUGUGAGAGACACGGUGUGGAGAAUCAUGAGGCAAACUUUCACCAAUUCAUUGGCCAAACAACUUAACUGGAGGGGAAUAAAUGGAAAAACAUGUUUUCAUAGCCUUCACAUUAAGGAUAUUGUGAUUGAUGCAGUACGAAGAAACUCUGUAACAUCAAGAGCCACAACUCAGGAAAUAGAAAUGUGGAUUAAGAGACGGCUUCAUCUGGCUGCAGAUAGGGAUGGAGGGAGACGAGCAAGAAUGGAGCGUCAGAGGAAGAACAGCUAUCAAGAAUCAGGUGAAAUGCAUGUUCUUUCAAGUCAUCAUUAAGACCAGCCUUCUAAACCUUUGCUGAGGACAAGCUGGACAAAUGUGAUACCUUGAUCUGCCACAACCUUCCCAAAGAGAUUAGUGCUCAUUCAAUGCUUUCUGAGUUCUAACAUCAGGCACCAUCUGGAACUGUGUGUAAUAGUGGGUAUCCAAUCACGGACUUUAUAAAAUUAAUGUUUGUACAUUUUGUUGACUGAAAUUUUUACCAUCACUGUUUGAUACAUUCUUGUUUUGUGCUUGUUUUAAAGAUUUACAUUUAGGAAACCUUUCCCUGUUUGUUUAUUUAAAUAAUUCAUUGUGCAAGACAACAGUUAAAAUUAAGUUCAAUAUGUAAAGUAAAAAUCUAUUUUAUAAUAUGUGUAUCUCACCUAUGUGAUGUUUUUUAGGCACAUACAGGCUUAUUUGUUAUUUUUCCAUGUGUAUGCUCACAUGAUUCAUAAGAAAAUGGUAAUGUAAAACUGUAUAAAUUGUAAAUGUAUUAUAGACUAUUUUGUCAUGGUGGUUUAUUUAUUUGGAUAUGUCAGAAAC